AUGAAAGUUAUGUUAAAGAAACCGAAUAGUCAACAAAAUCAGCAGAUAUCACGAAUACCAAAGUGUGCUAGAUGCCGUAAUCAUGGCAUUAUAAGCGGAUUACGAGGACAUAAAAAAUCUUGCACGUACAAAAAUUGUCGGUGUCCUAAGUGCGACUUAAUUUAUGAAAGACAACGGAUUAUGGCAGCUCAGGUUGCACUGAAAAGGCAACAAGCCGUUGAAGAUGCUAUCGCAUUGCGAUUGGCAUCAACUGAGAGUGGAAAAGCUUUAGAAGCGUUACCGCCGGGAAAAAUUUUCGGCAUGACGAUCACUGAGCCAAAGACAGAAACAACGAGCUCAUCAUUUUCUGAUAUCAAAAUUCCAACAGAAUCUAAUAAAAAACCUGAUUCAUCAUCAGUGUCAUCAACUUCGAAAUCUCCGCUUGUUUCUCAGAAUGCAAUUGAAAUGCUAUCAUCAUUGUUUCCACAUCGCAAGCGAUCAGUUCUUGAAUUAGUUCUCAGACGUUGUGACCUCGAUUUGCUGAGAGCGAUUGAACAAUGCAGCAAGACACAACAGCCGUCACAAAUUUAUCCACCUCAUUCUUCACCAGAUUCAAGUCCGGAAAUAAUUCAAAGCGCUUUUCGGCCGAUUAAUUCAAAUUCAUCAUCGUCAUCAUCUAUUACACCAAACUUACAUCAACUCUCAUCAAUUCCAACCCAGAAUCCAUCAAGCUACACGUCACUCAUUGCUUAUCCCAACAAAUGGUUUCUUCCAAUACCUGUAACAAUGAGUCAUCAUCAUUUGGCGAACUUCCCUCGAUGCAGUUUGGCUAAUUGUACGAUGUGUUUGCAUCAUCCUGCAGCAAUUUAAAUACUAAACAUUCGCUUUAAAUGUUGCAGUUUCCUUUCUAGAAUAAUUAUUAGGCUGUUCAGAUAUUUUGAGCUUCAAAAAAAAAUUGGCAUUUAAAUUUGGCCUACAAAUCGCGAAUUAUUGACAUAAAUGUUAGAAUUUUGGACUACUCAUAAAAAUUUCUUAACCAAAAAUGCUUGCACAGCUGAGUGUCUUUGUUAAUGUAUGUUAAUUUCAAAAACAUUUAAUUUUAUUGAAACAAUCUUUAUCUGGCUCUAUCUAGAAAAUCCUAAAAAUUAUUCAAACUUAACAUUUAAUUAUAAAAAAAUCUAAUUUAUUACCUUAUCAAGAAUCUGAAUAGCUUACAGUCGUUUUAACUUUGAGAAGAUAUGACUAGUUAAAUUAUAUUAAUUAUGCAAGAUAUUUGCAAAAUUA